AUGAUCUCGAGGUACUUUAAGGUUAUGGGGGUAGCGGCUAGCAAAGAUAAUGACGAUCUAACGGACAACUUGGUGAAACAUGGACAAAUUGUUUCAAAAGAAGUGGAACUGGUUUUCAGACUUGUUGACAGAGGACGAUUUUUUCCUACAGAAUAUGUAGAAGAGGCUUAUCGCGAUAAUCCAUUCAAGGUUCCUGCCGAAGCUACUGCAGAAUGGACUCCUGGAAAACUGCACAUAUCUGCUCCAAGUAUGUAUGCUACAGUUCUGGAAAAACUUGACUUAAAACCAGGACAUGCCUUUCUUAACGUCGGAUCUGGCACUGGAUGGCUGAGUACGGCUGCUGGAUUUUUAAUUGGUGGCUCUGGAGUCAAUCAUGGAGUUGAAAUACACGAAAAUCUCAUCAAGUUUGCUGAAGAGAAACUCGCGGAAACCAUUGCUCGUCCUGAAGUGUGCGCGUUCCCUUGGGCAAAACCUGCGUUUUUCCACGGCAAUGGUCUAGCUCAAGAACUAGCACAAGCGACGCAUUUGUACGAUCGUGUUUACUGCGGUGCUGCGGUUUCAGAUGAAGAUACUGUUGAUCGUCUCAUUAAAUUAUUAGAAAUCGGUGGCAAGCUGAUCGUUCCAAUUAGGAAUAGCCUGAUGGCUUACACGCGUACAGGUGAAAGCUCGUAUAGUUCUCAAGUUCUUAUGGCUUGUCAAUUCGCCGACUUAUUGCCGCCCAAGGAAGAAGACCGCCGUGAUUGUCUGCCGCUUUUUGUGCGGCCGCCCUCACUGGCCGACUUGUGCAGGGAUGUGAUACGAGCAACUCUACGAAAAAAUGUUCUGAAAGAGCAUCCAGUUUUCAUGCGGAGUAUUGUCGACGAUUCAAAUCCACUUGGGCCUGAUGGUUCUUCGCCUCAAGUCGAUACAGACGCUGAGGCUUCCCGAUGGACAAAAUCAGGAAGAAGUGAACAUUAUUCGUCAUCCAAUACGUGUAGAACUGUUCCGAAACCUCGGAGCUGCUCGGAUCCGUCUCGAAGCGCAUGA